AUGGCCUUCGUAUUGAAGCCUGUUGCCCGCUCGAUAUUUGAGCAUUCGCGAGAGCUCAAAAAGGAAUCCGUCGAAGUUCGUCAAAUACGACAUCGAGUAGAAGAAGACAAGGAGAACCGAGUACUUGUCUACGUUUAUGCCACAUCCAACGUGCUUGAAAUGAUAAAUGACUGUCCUCCUCUUCCUUUGCAAGCAAGAAAGGCCAUCCUCAAAGAGCUUGGCCUGGCAUUGAAAGAUAUGCACGCGAGAAAUUGGAUACAUAUUGAUGUGAAGCCCGACAACGUUUUCAUAGACCGGUUUGUUAAUAUGGAAACCAAAUUUUGCCUUGAAAAGGUGCAAUUGGGCGAUUUAGAUGGUGCUUUGUACGUCACAGACACGCAUCUUCUAAACCAUAAGAUAGGAAAAGUGAUGUGGCAAAGUCCAGAAGGUCAACUGGGGAGGGGAAUGGGGAAGCAUUCGGAGGUAUUUUCUCUUGGACUUUUGGCAAAUCAAAUUCAAUCCUUACAGAGUCCCAGUUUCCAACAACAUGGCUCUUUUCAGUGUCUUUUCGUGCUCACAGGGGUUGAAUCCUUUCACCUCGAUUUUGAUAGUCUAUCUGUAGAAUUGGAGCGGGUGAUCUUGGGCAAGUUGCUUUCGAACUUUGGGCCGCUUCCGGAUGCGCUUGCAAAGCAUGUGGAUGAUGAGAAAGCAGGCGAGCUCUUGGAGGAUCUUUGGAAAAUGAUUGAAGAGAAUGAGGAGCGAGCUGAAGAGUAUGAACCUUUUGGGCAAUGGACUGAAGCUGAUUAUCCCAAUCUUGAUAAUGAUGCAAAGAGAUUGAUACUCAGAAUGACGAAUUUACACCCCGGGAAGAGGGUGGAAAUGGUUGAUAUCAUGACAGAUCCUUAUUGGGACGGGGUUGGAUCCAUGGGUCUUUUUGGUACCGAAGAAUGUUUUGAAGAUGAUGCCAAUCAAAAAUCUAACCCAAGAGAAAGAGACGACAUGAGUACUUUGUGGCAAAUGUUUGCAACCUGA